CAGUGCAAAGUGCAAAGCAAAAGAAGUGCAAAAAUUAGUGAUAUUCCAUAAGAAAAAGAAUAAUAUAUAAAUGGAUCGUGCUGUACAACCGGAAGCAGUGUCAUCCACAAUGGAGACAACGGCGCCGGACCUUAAUCGCGGAGAUGUGUCCCGCAAGAGCGUUCGCGUUUAUGCAGCACGCAAAGGUUUGGCACCAGCGCCGCCCAAGCCAGGGCUGGCUACAAGCAGCACCACCACCAGCAGCAGCAGCAACAAUACCAACAACACCAAUAAUAAUAGUGAAAAUAAGAACAACAACAAUAACAACAAUAGCAGUGAUAGCGAUAACUUGCCCCAGCAGCAGCCUCAGAGAAGGCAAGAGUUUGCCAACAGCUCAACAAUGACUGCUAAGGAAAUCGAUCUCAGCGAUGCACAGCAUGUGGACUUUGAUGCCAUCGUCGAAUUGCGUCGGCCAGGUGAUAUAGCAGUGCCGCCGCCACGCGUUGCCGUUUCAGCGAUGCCAGCGCUACACCUGCAGAGCCAGAGCCGGCCAAAGGUGGCGCCACGUGUUCAAAUGUCCGACGAGGAUGAUGUGGGCGUUGCUUUCGCUUUGGGCUCCAUUGAGAAGCACAUACUCAAUGUGGAGGAGAGUUUCAAGCAGCAGCAGCUCAGUGAGCAGCAGCAGGAGCAGCAGGAUCAGUCUCAGUCCACCAUGGACGUGGUCAUACGCAAGCAAAGUAAGCGCUACGGCGAGACAGAGAACUUGUUGCGGCCCGGCAUCAGCGAUAUGUCGUCCGAGAAUGACUUUCAGUAUCUGGGCGGUCGUCGGAACAAUCUGGACGAUAGCAACGAGCAGAUGAUGACAGAGUUUCAGCGUGGCAGCGAUGGACGCAAUUCAAUUGGUGCCUAUUCCAAGAACUCCUCGGGCACGGUGAGUGGUCGAUCGGGCGGCCUGAAGGCCAAGCUCGCACGCACUGCUUCGGAUACGAAGAACACGGACACGGUGCUGGCUAUGCGUGCCAAUCUGAAACAGAAGGAGCAUCAGCAUCACGAUGCCAACAAGCAGCAGCAGCAGCUGCAACAGCCGCCCUGGCGACCGGCCAACAGUCAAGAUCGUCCGGCUCCGACGCCAGCUGUUAGAACCUCGGCGAGCAGGGGCAGCAGCAGCUCGAGCGUUGUGGACGGAGGCUCUUCCUCCAAGCUGACAGCGACCACGAUUUCGGCCAGCAAGCGGCGCGAAGAGAAUUUGCGUCAAUUUGAGGCGCUGCUGGCACAGAAAUCAUCGCAUCGUCAUGGAGCAAGUGCAGCGACAUCGGGCAGUCAUGCGACAACGGCUGCCUCUUCAGUCCAUGCAGCGGUAUCGAAACGUCGCUCGGAACGUCCCGUUGUAACACCCAUACCGCCGUACAGCUCUGGCCGCGCUGAUGCUGGACCGCCGCCCGUCGAGCCGCGAGCCCCCAGCUCCGGGGCUGGACACCAACGAACGUCAGCUACCAAUGCAGCUGUCACACGUACCAAUGUAUACGGCAACAGUGUUGCUCAGGGAUCCCCGAAUCUGCAGAUGCGAAGCAGUGCUCCGAUGCGAUGGCGUGCCACUGAAGAGCAUAUCGGAAAAUAUAAGCUCAUCAAGACGAUCGGAAAGGGAAACUUUGCCAAAGUCAAACUAGCAAAGCAUCUGCCCACUGGCAAGGAAGUAGCAAUAAAAAUAAUUGACAAAACCCAAUUAAAUCCUGGGUCACUUCAGAAACUCUUUAGAGAGUAUCGUCUAUUAUAUGUGUGCGAUUUGUUUACUUUUCUUAACAGGGACUUAAAAGCUGAGAACUUAUUAUUAGACAGCGAGUUGAAUAUAAAAAUAGCAGAUUUUGGAUUUUCGAACGAGUUUACGCCCGGCUCAAAGUUGGAUACAUUUUGCGGCAGCCCACCCUAUGCAGCGCCCGAGCUCUUCCAGGGUAAAAAGUAUGAUGGACCUGAGGUGGAUGUUUGGUCGUUGGGCGUUAUAUUGUAUACGUUAGUGAGCGGAUCCCUGCCUUUCGACGGUUCCACUUUGAGGGAGCUACGCGAACGUGUACUCAGAGGCAAAUAUAGAAUUCCAUUCUAUAUGUCAACUGAUUGCGAAAAUUUGCUGCGCAAGUUUCUAGUACUAAAUCCUGCUAAACGUGCUAGUCUUGAAACAAUCAUGGGCGACAAGUGGAUGAAUAUGGGGUUUGAAGACGAUGAGCUCAAGCCAUACAUAGAGCCAAAACAAGAUUUAGCCGAUCCCAAGCGGAUAGGUAAGACGGAAGCUCUAGUCGCAAUGGGCUACAAUCGACAAGAAAUCGAAGCGUCACUGGCUCAGGUGCGUUACGAUGACGUAUUCGCCACGUAUUUGUUGCUGGGUCGCAAGAGCACUGAUCCUGAAAGUGACGGGUCACGAUCCGGAUCAUCGCUCUCGCUGCGCAACAUCUCUGGCACCGAGGCUGGGGCCAAUGCGGGCAAUGCGAUCGUCCAAAGUCCCACACAUCGUGGUGUACACAGAAGUAUAUCGGCCUCGAGUACCAAGCCAAGUCGUCGAGCUUCGUCCGGUGCGGAAACGUUACGUGUUGGACCCACAAAUGCCACAACAACCGUUACGGCUGCUGCAAUAGGCGUGGCGCCUGUCAACCCAAGCAAUAAUUAUAAUGCUGUUGGAUCAGCCGCCGAUCGUGCAUCAGUUGGUAGCAAUUUUAAGCGUCAAAAUACUAUAGACUCAGCAACCAUUAAGGAGAAUACGGCACGGCUGGCCGCACAGAAUCAGAGACCAGCGUCUGCCACACAGAAGAUGCUAACCACAACAGAUACAUCGCUGAACAGUCCAGCUAAGCCGCGUACAGCUGCGAAAUACGAUCCCACUAAUGGCAAUCGCACAGUUAGCGGUACGAGCGGCAUUAUACCACGACGUUCGACCACACUCUAUGAAAAGACUUCAUCGACGGAGAAAACCAAUGUUAUUCCUGCAGAGACAAAUAGUGGAUCUGCAGCUACCGCUGGAAAGGGUCACACAAAAAGCGCCUCUAUUUCAAGCCCUAGGCCAUCCACUGAUGGAUGCAUAUCAGUAUCAAUUGACCCACUUGGAUCGAGAAUGGCAUCGGCUGUUAAAUCAAGCAGACACUUUCCAAGGAAUGUUCCAUCACGUUCAACCUUUCACUCUGGUGAGUUUUUCUGUUUUAAUUAUACAUCUACAACGGAAGAGGCAGCCAAGCCAAGAGUUUUGCGUUUCACAUGGUCUAUGAAGACGACAUCGCCACUGAUGCCCGAUCAAAUUAUGCAGAAGAUAAGAGAAGUUCUUGAUCAAAAUAACUGCGACUAUGAGCAGCGCGAAAGAUUUGUACUCUGGUGUGUGCAUGGCGAUCCCAAUACGGAUUCUUUGGUUCAGUGGGAAAUCGAAGUUUGCAAAUUGCCGCGACUCUCGCUGAAUGGCGUUCGAUUCAAGCGUAUUUCUGGUACUAGCAUUGGCUUCAAAAACAUUGCGUCACGCAUUGCUUUUGAUCUCCGUCUGUGACUUGACAAAACGACUAAUGAUAGCUGCACAGCCGCCACCAGCAACACCACCACCACCACCACCACCACCACCACCACCGAUGGCAGCGAUACGAAAACCACCUCCACUGCCAACUAUCAAACGGCUGACAAAUCGUUGCUGCGUCGAUCAUUUAGUCAACAACAGAGAUCAAACCGAUUCAAGAUUCGGAAUCGACCGAAGAAGAAAAGUUCAGGCGGCGGCGGCGGUGGCGGAUUGCUGUUGUCGGCUUUUCAAGUAUACUUGCCCUUUCGAUCAAAGGAGGAGGAGCACACGCAAUCACAAAUCAAAUUUGAUGCGUUUCGCUCAGCCGACAACGAAGACGAGAGUGAGGGGCAGCGGCUAGAGUUAAUGCCCAGUAACAGCAGUAAUAUGGAAUCUCAAGAUAAAGACAACCAGAUGGCCAAUGAAGAGGGCGGUGAGUGUGGCGUGGUGGCAAUGGCUGGUGGUAGCAGCAGCAACGGCAACGGCAGCGGCAGCGGUAAAGUCAGCAAAGGAAGUCGAUUUAAGAGAAACAUCAA